CGCGCACGCACAGGAGUCCGCUUGUGCGCAUGCGCGGCGGAGUUUGACGCUGGCUGCCGUUCUCCAGGAUGGCCGCGGAUCACGGCGUGCUGCUGGGUCUAGUGGAAGAAUUCGUGUCCGGACAGGUCGACGGCAAGGCCGCGGAGACCGCUACAGGUGUCCGGACCGGACGGUUCUCGGUUCUCCAGCUGGUCGGAGCGUUGGGGGUGAGUCUGACCAGCUCUCAGCCUCAGACUCGGGGUCGAGGAGUUCAGCUCCUGUCUCAGGUCCUGCAGGAGUGCUAUAGCAGCCUAUCGGAGAGAGAAGUGGAGGUUCUGAUAGCUUUCUAUGAGAACAGGCUGAAGGAUCACUAUGUGAUCACACCACACGUUCUUCAGGGCCUCAAGGCUUUGACAAAAUGCUCUGUUCUGCCUCCCGGUUCAGCUGUGUCCAUUUUGAGAUCCAUCUUCCAGGAUGUUCAUGUUCAGUCCUUGAUGCUGGCGGAGCGAUCGUGUGUUUACAACAUCCUUAUCACUCUAAUGGAGUCCAGAGAAGAGGAGCUCAAGGGUUUGGGUGCAGACUUCGUCUUCGGGUUUGUGCAGUCAGUAGACGGAGAGCGAGAUCCACGCAACCUCCUGCUGGCGUUCCAGGUGGCCAGGAACAUCAUCCACAGGGGUUACGAUCUCGGUAAAUUUGUAGAGGAGCUUUUUGAAGUGACGUCCUGUUAUUUCCCCAUAGACUUUAGCCCGCCACCCAAUGAUCCUCACGGGAUCACUCAAGAAGAGCUCAUUCUUUCUCUUCGGGCUGUUCUUACAGGGACGUCUCAGUUUGCUGAGUUUCUGCUCCCGUUAAUCAUUGAGAAGCUAGACUCGGAUGUUCAGAGCGCCAAGGUGGACUCGCUGCAGACCCUGGCCGCCUGCGGUCAGACAUACAGCCAUAAAGAGCUGGCGGAGUUCCUUUCAGGCCUUUGGAGCUCAAUACGGAGGGAGGUGUUCCAGACGGCCAGUGAGAGGGUGGAAGCGGCCGGUCUGUCGGCGCUCAGCUCGCUGGUGUCCUGUCUGUCUCGUUCUGUGCUCAACUCAGACUCGGACGAUGUGCUGCAGGUCUUUCUAAACCUCGUCCUCAAAGACUGUCAGCACCAUCUCUGCGAGCCGGACCUCAAGCUGGUGUGGCCCAGCGCCAAACUCCUGCAGGCCGCCGCCGGAGCCUCGUACAGAGCCGGUCUGAUGGUGUCCGCCGCCGUCGUACCCGCCCUCCUGGAGCAGUAUAAUAACAGGACGCAGUGCGCUCAGCGGCGCACCCUGCUGGAGGUUCUGCAGGGUUUCGUCCAGCCCACCGCUCUCAGCCAGCCUGUAGAUGGAGAGGAGAGCGCGCUGGCGCCGUUCGAGCAGUCUUUGUGUAGCGUGGUUUUCUCUGCGCUGACGGAGUCCAGCGCCGGUCUUCAGGUGACAGCCAGUCGAGUGCUCACUGCCCUGGGACAGCAGCCCGGUUUGUUGGCUCAGACCGACGUAGAGAAAGCCGUUGAUCAUUUGACCCGACUCAUCCUGGAGGAAGACGAUGCUCAAGUGAGUUCGGCUGUGGUGGAGUGUUUAGGCUCUCUGGCUCGUCUGCAUCCCCAAGCCUUCAUCUCCAGGAUGAUUCCUCGUCUGAAGGAAGAGAUCCUGUCGGAUCAGAGUAACGCAGCUGUUCGUCAGCGCUGUGUGACGGCGUUAGCGUCCGUGUCGAAUCAGCCCAGCGUGGUGCGAGAAAGCGCUCCGGUUCUUCUGCAGACGCUGGCUUCGGCCCACGCAGGUAGCUGUGGUUUCUCUGCGGAGGAAGUGAGCGCCGUGUGUGUUGCUUUGCGGAGGAUAGCAGAACACGCUCGUGACUCGGAGGAGAUCGGACGAUUCUUCCAUGACAUCAUCAUUCCGCGACUGCUAGGACUGUGCUUACAGGCGGCGCUGCAGAGCAGAGACUCUGGUCAGUGCAGUCCGCUCACAGACGAGGCCGUUCUGUCCGCCGUGGUUCCUGUCAUCAGCACCGCCUGCGCUGCGUUACCAGCAGAAUCGGCGUCCCGCAUGGCCUCCCAAGCUGUUUCUCUCUUCCUGGAUGGAGACGUGUCCUUCCUGCCAGAGAAUGCCUUCCCUUCUAAAAUCCAGUUGCUCCAGACUCAGGCAGAGUCUCAGGCUCCGUCUCAGUUGGUGUGUCUGCUGAUGGCCUGCGUCUGCUCUCUUCCACGCAGCGUGGAGAUCCCAGAGAUGGACAGACUUCUUCUGCAGCUGGAGGAUCUGAGCUGCUCGUGUCCUCAUCUGUUCUCAUACACCUUUGCAGCCAAAUGCUUCGCUGGUUUGGUCAACAAGAGGCCGGCAGGUGAAGGUCUGGACGCGGUGCUGGAGAGAGCGACGAAGAGGAUCGGCGUGGAGCUGGAGAACGCUUGCUCUGCCCGGCGAACACGAGCCUUCACGCUGCUGCUCUGGGUGACCAAAGCCCUGCUCUUACGCUACCAUCCGCUGUCAUCAGCCCUGACCGACCAGCUCUUCUCUCUGUUGACCGAGCCGGAGUUGGGAUCUCAGGUGGCCGACGGCUUCGGCGUCCUCAUGAGCGACUCUCCAGACGUGCUCAGUCGUGAUUUCCACGCAGACGUGCGCAUCAUGUACCGGCAGCGCUUCUUCUCCGAAAACUCCUUCAAACUGGUCCAAGGCUUCAACUCGGCAGAGCAGGGGAAGAAGUCUUGUUAUUUGAAGGCGCUGUCCCACAUCGUCAGUAACCUUCCCCGACAGCUCCAGCUCACGGAGCUCCCCGCGCUGCUGCCGCUGCUGCUGGAGGCUCUGUCGUGUCCGGAUCAGUCGGUUCAGAUCUCCACCCUCUGCUGCCUGGCCCCGCUGCUGCUGGAGCCGCCGGAGGCCCUCAGGAACCAGCUGGAGGCGCUCUUCUCCCGCCUGCUGCUCCUCACCGGCAGCCCCGCUAUGAAAGUGAGAAUGGCGUCGCUGCAGUGUGUCCAUGCGCUGUCUCGUCUGCCUCCGCACACCGUCCUGCCGUUCCGCGCCCGAGUCCUGAAGGCUCUCGCCGUUCCUCUGGACGACAGGAAGAGGCUGGUGAGGAAGGAGGCCGUGGCGGCUCGAGGAGAAUGGUUUUUAUUAGGAAGCCCGGGAGGAAGAUGAGCGGAUAACGGCCCGGCGCUCGCAGCCUUUCGUCUUACUCUUACUCUGUUUUUUAUGAUACGGCAUGAGCUUGUCCCGAGCACAGACCCCUUCAGCAGCGGACGCAGGUCCAGACGCAGGUCAGUGUGAGUAGACGGCUCUGGAAGCUCUUUCUAAGCUGAAGGGAUGAUGGUUAGCCGCAGGGCUGCAGGUCCUUCUUUUUCACGAGACUAACGACUAAACUGAUGCCAAGAAUAGAAAACAGUAUUUAAGUGUCAUAACCUGCCAAUAAAACUUUUUUUUUGUAAAUGUGUA